UGCAGUAACAGCGCUGAGAAGAGGAUGGAUAUUAAUUAGCGGGUUGAAAGGCUGUGUCCUGGAGGUUGCUUCCCUUUGGUGGUACACUCUUACCUGGCCACCCGUUGCACCUUUUCUUUCAAGACUGUGAAGAUUACGAAUCCGGUCUGUUACUGUUUAGACUGUUUAGUGUAUGUGUGUGAGUGCGUGUUGACCUUGUGGAUGUGCCGACUUGGGGUGUGACCUGCCAUUGUGUGUGGAGCCGCUCUGUGACUCGUGUCAGACCUGUUGUGUUCUGCUCAGCAGGAGGAGCUGCUGCAGCAGCAGCAGUCUCUCUGGCGCUCACCGAACCCACAGAUUGUCUAAUUAGAUUAGGCAAGGCUUUCCUCAGAUAAUCAUUUAGCCAGCUCCUGUUUCUUACUCCGAUGGAGUGCUGCUCGUGGCUGUGAGCUUUCUGAAGGUCAACGGGAAUUUCUUAGAAGAAACGGCUGGUUUGGGGAGUAAAUUUGGGUCUUGGAGCAAGUCUGCAGACUGCCGGCCGAGGAGCCGUGGCCGGGUUAUGGGUUGUUGCUGGAGCUGUGAGUGUGACGCUGCUGAGAGUAAUCGGACUGCCGUUAAUACCUUCUGCUGCUAACAGGAGGCGAUGGGGGAAGUUUCUUCACAGAGUCCCUGUAUGGCCAGAUCAGCACCUGACCAUUGAGUCUGUGUUUUUUGGGAGGCCUCUGUCAAGUGCAAGAGGAAAGAGACAUGGCCAACAACUCUUUUCGUGGGUCCAAAAAUGGCCCACGUGGCGAGUCCAACCACGAAGCCGAGUUCGGCUGCACACUGCAGGAGCUGUGCUCCCUCAUGAACCUGAGAGGAGAACACUGUUUAAACACCAUCAAGAGUAGUUACGGAGACGUUAAUGGACUGUGUUCCAGACUGAGGACGUUGCCUAUUGAAGGUUUAGAUGGAAACUCUGAGGACAUCGAAAGGAGAAAACAGGUGUUUGGAGCAAACAUCAUCGCUCCUAAAAAACCCAAAACCUUUCUGCAGCUAGUGGGGGAAGCCCUGCAAGAUGUUACUCUCAUCAUCCUGGAGGUGGCCGCCAUCAUUUCACUCGGCCUUUCUUUCUACAGUCCUCCUGAUGUUGAAAAACGGAACUGCGGCAGGGCGGCGGUCAGCGUGGAGGACGACGGCGAGGCGGAGGCCGGGUGGAUCGAGGGGGCUGCCAUCCUGCUGUCGGUGGCCUGCGUGGUCCUGGUGACGGCCUUCAACGACUGGAGCAAAGAGAAGCAGUUCCGCGGCCUUCAGAGCCGCAUCGAGCAGGAGCAGAAGUUUACCGUUGUCCGAGGGGGUCAGAUGGUCCAGAUCAAAGUGUCGGAGAUUGUGGUCGGCGACAUCGCACAAGUGAAGUACGGUGACCUACUACCUACGGACGGAAUCCUCAUUCAAAGCAACGACCUGAAGAUUGAUGAGAGCCCGAUGACCGGAGAGUCGGAUCACGUCAAGAAGACUGUCGACAAGGACGUCUUGUUGCUUUCAGGGACCCAUGUGAUGGAGGGCUCUGGCAAGAUGUUGGUCACCGCCGUAGGUGAGAACUCUCAGUCUGGAAUCAUCUUCAAGCUGCUUCUCUCUGGUGAGGAGAGUGAAAGUGAAGCUGAAGAGAAGGCAAAGAAAGCCAAGAAAAAGGAUCAAAAGAAGCACAAGAAAGCAGACGAUGCUGAGGACGGAGACGCAGAGGUGCAGCCGUUCAAUCGGGGCGGAGAAGCAGUGAAGAAGAACCCACCAAAGAAGGAGAAGUCGGUCCUCCAGGGGAAGCUGACUAAAAUGGCUGUGCUGAUCGGCAAAGCGGGUCUGUGCAUGUCGUCAUUGACCGUCAUCAUCCUCAUCAGUCGCUUCCUGGUCGAUACCUUCUUGAUCCAGAGGAUCCCCUGGACCAAUGAGUGUCUUUCCAUCUACGGGCAGUUCAUGGUGAAGUUCUUCAUCAUCGGUGUGACGGUGCUGGUGGUGGCCGUGCCUGAAGGUCUCCCUCUAGCCGUCACCAUCUCCCUGGCCUAUUCGGUCAAGAAAAUGAUGAAGGACAACAACUUGGUCCGCCACCUGGACGCCUGUGAGACGAUGGGCAACGCCACGGCCAUCUGCUCCGACAAGACGGGCACGCUCACUAUGAACCGCAUGACCGUGGUGCAGGCCCACAUCUCAGGACGCCUCUACCGAAACGUGGCGGAGCUCAGCAAGAUCUCUGGCCCGAGCAUGGAUCUGCUCAUCCAAGGCAUCGGGGUCAACUGCGCCUACACCACCAAGAUUAUGCCUGCAGAGAAGGAGGGCGGGCUGCCGCGCCAGGUGGGAAACAAGACUGAAUGUGCCUUACUGGGAUUAUCCCUCGAACUGCACCGAGACUACCAGGCCGUCCGCAACGAGUUCCCAGAGGAGAAACUGUUCAAGGUCUACACCUUUAACUCCUCAAGGAAGUCCAUGAGCACUGUGCUAAAGAACCACGAUGGCAGCUACCGAAUGUACAGCAAGGGCGCCUCUGAGAUCCUGCUCAGGAAGUGCUGUAAAACAAUGUCGGCCGACGGCAAGGCCAAAACCUUCAAGUCUCGGGACCGAGACGACCUGAUAAGGAACGUGAUUGAGCCGAUGGCGUCGGAGGGCCUCAGGACCAUCUGCCUCGCCUUCAGAGACUUCCCUGCUGCUGACGUAGAGCCUGACUGGGAAGACGAGGCCCACAUCCUCACCGGCCUUACCUACAUCGCCGUUGUUGGCAUCGAGGACCCCGUGCGACCUGAAGUACCUAACGCCAUCAAAAAGUGUCAGCGGGCCGGCAUCACUGUCCGCAUGGUGACUGGAGACAAUAUCGAUACUGCCCGGGCCAUCGCCUCCAAAUGUGGCAUCCUGCAACGUGGAGAGGACUACAUCUGCAUGGAAGGCAUGGAGUUCAACCAGCGGAUCCGCGACAAGCAUGGACAGAUUCAGCAAGAGCUUAUUGAUGCGAUAUGGCCGAGGCUGAGAGUCCUUGCCAGAUCGUCCCCAACCGACAAACACACUCUGGUCAAAGGUAUCAUUGACAGCACUGCGCUGGAGAAGAGGCAGGUUGUCGCGGUAACUGGAGACGGAACAAACGACGGCCCCGCCCUCAAGAAGGCGGACGUUGGCUUUGCCAUGGGGAUUGCGGGGACGGAUGUAGCGAAGGAGGCGUCGGACAUCAUACUGACAGACGACAACUUCAGCAGCAUCGUGAAGGCCGUGAUGUGGGGCAGGAACGUCUACGACAGCAUCUCCAAGUUCCUGCAGUUCCAGCUCACCGUCAACGUGGUCGCCGUCAUUGUGGCCUUCACCGGUGCUUGCAUCACUCAGGACUCUCCUCUCAAAGCUGUGCAGAUGUUGUGGGUGAACCUCAUCAUGGACACCUUCGCUUCUCUGGCUCUGGCCACCGAGCCGCCCACCGAGGCGCUGCUGCUCAGGAGCCCCUACGGGCGCGAACAGCCGCUCAUUUCCCGCACAAUGAUGAAGAACAUCCUGGGACACGCCGUCUACCAGCUGACUGUCAUCUUCACCCUGCUCUUUGUAGGUGAGACGUUAUUUGAAAUCGACAGUGGCAGGAACGCCCCCCUCCACGCCCCGCCCUCCGAACACUACACCAUUGUGUUCAACACGUUUGUCCUGAUGCAGAUCUUUAACGAGAUCAAUGCCCGCAAAAUCCACGGCGAGAGGAACGUGUUUGAGGGGAUCUUCAACAACCUCAUCUUCUGCUCCAUCCUCCUAGGAACCUUCAUCAUACAGAUCGUCAUCGUGCAGUUUGGAGGCAAAGCGCUCAGCUGUGUCCCCCUGAACACCGAGCAGUGGCUGUGGUGCAUCUUCUUUGGUUUCGGCAGCCUCCUGUGGGGACAGCUGGUGUCCAGUGUCCCCACUCGCUGGCUGAAGUUCCUGACGACGGCAGGUCACGGCAGGAAGCAGGAGGAGAUCCCCCAGGAGGAGCUGGAAGAGAUGAAGGACGCCAACGAGAUCGACCACGGCGAGAUGGAGCUGAAGAAGAGCCAGGUGCUCUGGUGCCGCGGCCUCAACCGCAUCACCACGCAGAUCCGAGUGGUGAACGCCUUCAGGGACAGCGUGUCCCCCUACGAAGGCCUGGAGACGCCCGAGUCCCGCAGCUCCAUCCACAGCUUCAUGACCCACCCCGAGUUCCGCAUCGACGACUCGGCGCAUCAGAUCCCGCUGAUCGACGAGGUGGAGUGCGAGGACGACGCUCCCACCAAGCCGAACUCUGUGGCCCCCCCGCCGAGCGAGCUCGCCGCCCCUCCCCCCGCUCACAACAACAGCGCCUUGGACCACGUCCUCCCGCUGCCGGGUCAGACCCUCUCCGGCUCAGCGGGGCUGCCGCCUUGUCCGGGGAGCCCUCUGCACAGCCUGGAGACCUCGCUGUGAGGCCCCCUGACCCCCCCCCCUCCUGUUAACGAAGGUCUGUUGGUUCUGUUUGUUACCGCCGGACUUCUGCUUCUUCGGGGGAGAGUGAGAGAAAAGGUGUGCUACCUUUCUGUCGUCAGGAGAUCACCUGCUGGUUUCUAGAGUCCAGGAAGCAGAGACGCCUGCAGGUGUGUUUGUGGUCCGUGGUCACACUGACCGAUGGCCCUUCUGUAUUUGAAUAGUCAUGCACUCUACAGUCGUUGUUUAGGAGAAGAGUGAUCGUGAGGUGAUCGGUAACCAGGUCCUGAUCUGUAAAUAUCAAUGUUGGUGUUUAAAUGUAGUCGCAGCUUCUUUUGUUCAGGUUAGAUUUGUGUUGGGUUUAACUUUAUGGAUCUGCAAAUGAAAUGUUUAAAGUCAGCUGUAAUUGGGG